AUGAGUAGUGGAGAGCCAACGCUGAUGGAGUCGCCGGUGCCGCUGGCGCUCGCGAGGCUGGCGACAAGGCCCGGGCGCGCGCCUCGCGGCAUGCGCGCCCACCGCCCCAGCCUCACGCUCGCUAGCCUGCAGGAAGCCGCCGACGAAACCCCGCGCCGCUACAGCAAGGAAUCCUUAGCACCAGAUACCGAUGACGACGAACCAUUCUACGAUGCAAUCGUCCAAAGCAAAUCGUUUAAGACGGCGUCGAAUGGACGCAGAGCUUCCGAAGCUGCAUUCGCCGAACGAUACAGAAAACUGAACGACUUUGACGGCCCACCGCCCGAGGUGCCCCGCCGAGCAUCCCUGGCCGUGCCCGUCGGCGACGGAUUCGGGCCCAGUGACAAAGGCAGGAGACGCUCUUGGGCGGCGAAGCUGCAACUUGAGCGCAAGAAAAGAAGAAAAUCAGGCGACAACGACACCGACGACGACGAGAACGAUGCUCCGGUUUAUAUAAGGCAGAAGAGGCCGUCCUGGUGGAACGUCUUCGUACCUGAUAAUAUGCUAAAAAAUAGGUCUAGACGCGCUUCGCAGCAGCUGUCGAGGAGUGCUGAGAGCAUCGAUCACUCUUACAAGAGGUCGAAGAGUCGGUCCGUGGACCAUGGCUUGGCUGCGCCGGUCGACUUGGAAACGCUUCGCUCCAAAGUCGAGAGCCGGUUCGACGCCGUUCAUAAAGAUGAAGAUGAACAAAUAAAGAGGCUGCCCCCUCAGCCCCCCAUAAAGACAAUGACGUAUACGGUUCGUGACCGUGACACGCUAACGUCAGUGGCGGCGCACUUCGACACCACGCCUUCGGAGCUAGCCAAACUGAACCGGCUCGCGACCCAGUUCGUCUUCCCCGGGCAGACGUUGCUCGUGCCCGACAAGAGGAAAGAUGGCGAUAAGGAUUCAGAUGGUCCUUCGGAAAGUGGUGAUAACACCUCUGAGUCUACACAAGGCGCUACCAGCGAACCGGCACAGGAAAAAGAGAUCCUAGACAGCCUGCGACCGGUGUCACCCGAGGCGCCCGCUAGCAGCAAUGCCCCGCAACGAUUCCUCAAGAUAAAUGUGCGCCAUAUUACCGAUGGACAGGGUGUGGUAUCGGGUGUGCUGCUGGUCACGCCGAACGCGGUGAUGUUCGACCCGAACGUGUCGGACGUACUAGUGAUGGAGCACGGACCGGAGUCGUACGGUGUGAUCGCACCCAUGGAGUACGUUGUCAACGCAGCGAUAUUCUACGAUAUCGCGCACAUGCGCACCCACGGACCCGACCAUAACGCGCAAAAGGCAGAACAGGCUGAAAUUUACUACAUGAAUAAAUCGGAACAUUCACCGGGAAAGGACUCACUUCUAGUCAAAGACGAGACGUUUCCUGAACUACAGGCAGCGGGCGGCGAAGGCGAAGAGAGCGCCGCGGGAGAGGAGCGGCCCGGCUCCGGAGAUGUCGAGGACCGCGGUGGCGCCGCCUUCCCCAAGGCUUUCGACAGGGAUCUCGUCACACCUACCGCUCUACAGCAACAAACAACAGAAGAUAGGCGGAAAUCGUUGCUGGAUCACCACUGGGCUAUACCUAGCAGAGAUCGAAUGUCAAUUGAUCAAGGAAGCGAAGUAUCCUCGAACGCAGACCAAGGCAAAGACGAGAGUCUGGAGGCAUGCGUGGGGUCGAGUGAGCGCGCCGAGAGUGCGGCGGGUGACGUCGGCGAGAGGGAAAGGGAGGGCGAAGUGGUCGAUCGCGGGCAGGGAGAGGGAGGGGAGGACGAGGCUCCGAGAGAUGCCGCACGUCACCUCGUUAAACUCUCGUACCACGAUUCCGGGAUCGACAUCCGUGAACCGCUUCUGCAUGUCACCCCCGUAAACUCUAAAAAGGUAUAUAGCGACGCGGACAUAGUGCUUUCAGCGGAUUGGGUUCCUCCAGUGUGUUUGCCUCGUACCGAACCCCCGCUAUCAGCCCCGCCCCUGGGAGAAAACGAUAGGACACCACGUAAACCCGCAGCAGUCUCUUUCUCGCUUGAUGGCAGUAACCAAAAAGAAGAUAUUGGAAAACCGGAUAAGAAAAACAAGAUGCUGAAGAGGCUUUCCUACCCACUGUCGUGGGUGGAAGGACUAACAGGAGAAGGAGCCACGGGAGCAACGCACGGCUCCCAGAGCGACUCGCUUCCGACCUCAGCUGAUAGUCACAACACUAGCGUCUUCUCUAAAGUGUUUAACAGACGCAGUUCGUUGGGAGGCUUCGCCCGUUCUCAUACUAAAUCGACUUCGUCAAGUGGCUCAACACAUCCGAGACUUGAUUACCGCAGCAUGGUAUCCGUCGACGAUAUGCCCGAUCUCUUCGCUUCUUUUGAUAAGCUGAUCCCGCGGCCGGCGCGGCCGAGCGACGACCCGCCGCUGUACCUGCGGCUGCGCAUGGGCAAGCCGGCCGGCCGCCCGCUGCCGCGCUCCACGCAGCUCAUGUCGUACGGCCGUAAGCGCAUGAAGCCCGAGUACUGGUUCGGCAUACCGAGGAACAGGGUGGAUGAUCUAUACAAGUUCCUGACUCACUGGGUGCCAAACCGUUACGGGCCGCUUGGAGACGUGGCCGCGCAAGGAUACGAACUGAUCGAUAGCGAUACCGAAUGGGACGAUGAAGACACGAAACCUGGAGUCAAGGGCGAACGCACCGACAGCACGGGCGAUGUAUCAGACAUUACGAGGGAAUCGUGGGAGGUGUUGUCGAUGAGCGAUGAGCUGCGGCGCGCGUUGUAUUCUUCGGGCGCAUCUGUCGACAUGGAGUUUUCGCCACCAGACCUCAUCGGCACUUCGGAGAUAUUCACUAUGGAACACAGAGAGAAGUUGUGCAGCGUGCUACCGGCGCGCGCCCAGGGCUACAUGUGGUCGUUGGCGUUCAGCACCAGUCAGCACGGCUUCUCGCUCGCUUCCAUGUACCGCAAGAUGCAGCACGUCGACAGCCCCGUACUCCUCGUCAUACAGGACACCCAAGAGAACGUAUUCGGAGCCCUUACAUCGUGCGCUCUUCGACCGUCCGAGCACUUCUAUGGCACGGGCGAGUCGCUACUGUUCUCAUUCCAACGUGUGAGGGAAGACGCCAGGCGGCAUUCACAACCAGCACCUGACGACAGUAAAGACAAGGACGAUACGAAGGAACAAGUGAAGAAGGACGAAAAAGAUGUGAAAAAGGAUGAAAAGGAUGCAGACCAACCAGCGUUAGUAAAAACGAAGUUCAAGUACUGGGGCUGGACCGGUGACAACAUGUACUUCAUACGAGGCAGCAACGACAAUAUAUCCAUUGGCGCCGGCGACGGCAAAUUCGGUCUUUGGUUGGACGGUGACUUGUAUCAGGGCCGCACGCAGCGUUGCACCACGUACGGCAACGAACCAUUGACGACCAGCGAAGAUUUCAUCGUCAAGAUCAUGGAGUGCUGGACCUUCAUCUGA